AUGAGGGAGGACGGCGGCGGCUACGGGGUGCCUUGUCGCAGGCUUCCAUGCCGAGCCUGUGAGGGUGUCCUCGUGUUACUGGAUGCUAAGGAUUAUCACCCUAGCCAAACUUUGCCGGAAAACUCAGCCACUGGUGUGAGUGGUUCCUCAGGAUCCACCAGCACAGCCAUCGUGGACCCCAGAGCCCAGCUGCGGGCCUAUAUAGAAAAUCACCCUGUGGUCAUCUUUAGUAGGUCCACAUGCAGUCGUUGUACUGAGGUAAAGAAGUUAUUUAAGUCUAUGCGUGUUCCUUAUUUUGUGCUUGAAUUUGAUAAAGCAGAGGACGGGCAGGGACUUGAAAGAGCGUUCUCGGAACUGACCUCGGAAACCGAAGUACCUGUUGUGUUUGUAAAACGGAGAAAGAUAGGCGGCCAUGGUCAAACCUUGAAGGCUUAUCAGGAGGGCAGGCUUCAAAAGCUACUAAAAAUGAAUGGCUCUGAUGAUCUUCUGGAGUCCUAUGACUAUGAUCUCAUCAUCGUUGGAGGCGGCUCAGGAGGACUGGCAGCUGCUAAGGAGGCAGCCAAAUACGACAAGAAGGUGAUGGUCCUGGAUUUUGUCACUCCAACUCCUCUUGGAACUAGAUGGGGUCUUGGAGGAACAUGUGUGAAUGUGGGCUGCAUACCUAAAAAAUUGAUGCACCAAGCCGCUCUGUUAGGACAAGCCCUACAGGACUCUCGCAACUAUGGCUGGAAAGUUGAAGAGACAGUUAAACACGACUGGGACAAAAUGACAGAAGCUGUACAGAAUUACAUUGGCUCUCUAAACUGGGGCUACCGGGUAGCUCUGCGGGAGAAAAAGGUCACCUAUGAGAAUGCUUAUGGACAAUUUGUUGGGCCUCAUAGGAUUAAGGCUACAAAUAAUAAAGGCAAAGAAAAAAUUUACUCAGCUGAGAGAUUUCUCAUUGCCACUGGUGAAAGGCCACGUUACUUGGGCAUCCCUGGCGACAAGGAGUAUUGCAUCAGCAGUGAUGACCUUUUCUCCUUACCUUACUCCCCGGGUAAGACCUUGGUAGUUGGAGCAUCCUAUGUUGCUUUGGAGUGUGCUGGAUUUCUUGCUGGUAUUGGUUUAGAUGUCACUGUUAUGGUACGGUCCAUCCUCCUUAGAGGAUUUGAUCAGGACAUGGCCAAUAAAAUCGGUGAACACAUGGAAGAACAUGGUGUCAAGUUCAUUAAACAGUUCGUACCGAUAAAAGUUGAACAAAUUGAAGCAGGGACACCAGGCCGACUCAGGGUGGUAGCUCAAUCCACCAAUGGCGAGGAAAUCAUCGAAGGAGAGUAUAAUACGGUAUUGCUGGCAAUAGGAAGAGAUGCUUGCACAAGAAAAAUUGGCUUAGAAACCGUGGGGGUGAAGAUAAAUGAAAAGACUGGAAAAAUACCUGUCACAGAUGAAGAGCAGACCAAUGUGCCUUACAUCUAUGCCAUAGGUGAUAUACUGGAGGGUAAACUCGAGCUUACCCCAGUAGCAAUCCAGGCAGGAAGACUGCUGGCUCAGAGGCUUUAUGCUGGUUCCACUGUCAAGUGUGACUAUGAAAAUGUUCCAACAACUGUAUUUACUCCAUUGGAAUAUGGUGCUUGUGGCCUUUCUGAGGAGAAAGCUGUGGAGAAAUUUGGGGAAGAAAAUAUUGAGGUUUACCAUAGUUACUAUUGGCCAUUGGAGUGGACGAUUCCAUCAAGAGAUAACAACAAAUGUUAUGCAAAAAUAAUCUGUAAUAUCAACGACAAUGAACGUGUUGUGGGCUUCCAUGUACUGGGUCCAAAUGCUGGAGAAGUUACACAGGGUUUUGCAGCUGCGCUGAAGUGUGGCAUGACCAAAAAGCAGCUGGAUAGCACAAUCGGAAUCCACCCUGUCUGUGCAGAGAUAUUCACAACCCUGUCGGUGACCAAACGCUCUGGGGGAAGCAUCCUCCAGACUGGCUGCUGAGGUUAAGCCCUGGUGUGGGUGCUGUUGCCAAGACUCCCAGCCACUGAUUUGUUUCCUUGCCCAAAUCCAAGGGGAAGUUUUCAGGAAGUUUGUUGGGCUCUUGGCCCCUUACCGCCAUCCAAGGUCCCCUUGGAUCUCCUGGGUAGGAGGUGGUGAAUAGAAGGAAGUCAGCAUCACACCGGGGUCACCUUAAUGGACUUGAAACUGAUGUUUGGCAGUGCAUCUUUGGGAUGCGUCCAUGAUGUCACCGGCCUCAAGCCCGUGGGGGUGGGCAGUGAUGGAACAGCUGUCGAGUCAGUUUUAGCAUGAUCUUUCCUUUGUGUGGUUUACUUUACUCUCAUUGUUAAGCUUUCUGAAAUUGAUUAUUUUUUCUUUUUUCUCAAUGGUAUUAAUGAUAAUAGAGAUGAAAAAUGUCAGCAGUCAAUUUUUAUCCAAAAGCAAGUUCUGGCUAGAGCAUCCAAAUAAGGAAUCUUGUUGCAUGUAGGGAGUGCUUUGGGUUCACUUGGAGGGGUUACAUAGGCUCAUCCCAUGAAAGAGUUCUGUUCUCCUAUGUGCUUCCCAGAAUUCAAAUAUACUUUUCACUUUAGUAACCCUGGUUAGCAAUGUCUCUUUUAAUGAGUUAUUUGUUCCCAAAAAAGUAAAUCUAUUAUUGGCCCCAGCCCAAGUUUGUCCCCAUUAGCGACAUCACUGAUGAUGAUGAUGAUGAUUUUAAGUUCUGUUAGGAAGGGAAAUGAUUACCUAUUUGAAUCAAUACUCCAUUGCAAAGGUAGAGCCGUAUAGAACAUGUUCACUUGGUAAUCUGUGAUUUCCACCAUUAUUCAUCAUGGAGGCAGAUUAUACCUCAAAUGGGGUAAAAGAGUAAAUGUCUUACAUUGUUUAGUUCAUCGUGAGUUAGUCUAAGUGAACUGAAUUCUUUUAUAUUGGAAAACUUGUCCAAAACUGUUUUUUGAUAGCUUUAAGCUAAAAGCACAGAAUGUCACAGCUUUUUCAUGUGUGUUAUGUAUUUAUCCCUUCCUAAGAACCACUUUCACAGGAAAAUAGUUGUUUUCCAUACUUAGGAUUUAAUCUUUUGUCGUAAUUAUUUUGUUAAGGAAGUUGUUAGUAUCAGAAGUUAUUAUUUUUUUUAACACAGGUGGAUGUGAAGGAUUUUCAUUUAAAAACCAAACGAUUUUUAUUGUUUCUGUUAAGUAAACAACUAUACCUGGAAGAAUUUUUGGUAGAUGUGUUUAUGCACUAUUAGCAUUCCAACUUGUAUUAUUGCAGAGGUAUUAACCCCUUAGUGUUAUACAUUUGUGUAAAUGUCCUCACUAAGGAUUAUUUUUAGGCUGUCUUUUCUCACUGUAUACGUUCAGUUUUGAAUAUGUGCUGUGGAUAUCAGGCUCCCACCAUCCUCUCUCACCUCAACCCCCCAUUUCUCAGCCAUGUCACUGAGUGGUUGUUUCAAAGUACAUUUCUGGGCCACUUCAGGAACUCAUGCUUCUGCCUGGUGUUUAGUCAGCAGAGCACCUGGCCCUGUCCCACAAGGCUCUGCCUUGCUUCCUCCUCUCAUUUGGUUAUGUGAAGAAAAUGGGGAAAAGAUAAAAGUAGAAGGGAAUCAAGGCAGUUGACUGUGUUAAGUUUUAUUUAUUUUUUUAAAUUAUUUUUUCUACCAAGGCUGCCAAUCCCUGAAAUUAGAACAAGGGGUAGUGUGAGAUGAUUGUGCCUAAUCAUGUUGUGAUUCUCUUUCUUACUGGGAUAAAAUGUUUCACUUCCACUUACGGUUUAAAAAAAAAAAGGAUUAUAGUCUUUAGACUUGUCCUGUUUAGAUUCUAUAAUUG